AGACGAUCAGCUCAUAUUAUUAGAUCAAUUUUUUUUGCAUCUCUUUACUGAAGAUUAAGAAAGAAUCUUGAAAUAUGGAAAAAGCAAUUGAGAGACAAAGAGUUCUUCUUCAACAUCUUCGUCCUUCACAAACUUCUUCUUCUUUGGAAAACAUUGAUUCAUCCAUUUCUGCAUCUGUAUGCGCUGCUGGAGACAGUGCUGCUUACCAGAGGACUUCGGUUUUUGGAGAUGAUGUCGUCAUAGUUGCUGCAUAUAGGACUCCUCUUUGCAAAGCAAAGAGAGGAGGCUUCAAGGAUACUUAUCCUGAUGAUUUACUUGCUCCAGUUUUAAAGGCGGUGAUGGAAAAGACUAAUGUGAGCCCUAGUGAAGUUGGGGAUAUUGUUGUCGGCUCAGUGUUGGCCCCAGGUUCCCAGAGAGCGAGCGAGUGCAGAAUGGCUGCAUUUUAUGCUGGUUUCCCUGAAACUGUCCCAGUUAGAACUGUGAACCGGCAAUGUUCAUCAGGACUUCAAGCAGUUGCUGAUGUAGCUGCAGCUAUUAAAGCUGGAUUUUAUGACAUUGGUAUUGGUGCUGGAUUGGAGUCUAUGACCACAAACCCAAUGGCAUGGGAAGGAUCAGUCAACCCAAGAGUUAAGCAAAUGGCACAAGCUCAAGACUGUCUUCUUCCUAUGGGUAUUACUUCUGAGAAUGUUGCACACCGUUUUGGUGUGACAAGGCAGGAACAAGACCAGGCUGCAGUUGAUUCUCAUCGUAAGGCUGCUGCAGCUACUGCUUCCGGAAAAUUCAAAGAUGAAAUAAUUCCUGUAGCCACAAAGAUUGUUGAUCCAAAAACCGGGGAUGAGACACCAGUAACGAUCUCUGUUGAUGAUGGAAUACGACCAAAUGCUUCUGUGGCAGACUUGGCAAAAUUGAAACCAGUGUUCAAGAAGAGUGGAACUACUACUGCUGGGAACUCCAGCCAAGUUACUGAUGGUGCUGGAGCUGUACUUCUUAUGAAAAGAAGUAUUGCAAUGCAAAAGGGGCUUCCUAUCCUUGGUGUAUUCAGGACUUUUGCUGCCGUUGGUGUAGACCCUGCCAUUAUGGGAAUUGGUCCGGCUGUUGCAAUUCCAGCUGCUGUUAAAUCUGCAGGCCUUGAACUUGAAGAUAUUGAUCUCUUUGAGAUAAAUGAGGCAUUCGCAUCACAGUAUGUCUAUUGCCGGAAGAAGCUUGAACUUGACCCAGAGAAGAUCAACGUGAAUGGAGGUGCAAUGGCCAUCGGUCAUCCUUUAGGCGCUACAGGAGCACGAUGCGUUGCGACACUGUUACAUGAGAUGAAACGUCGUGGAAAAGACUGCCGCUUUGGUGUGGUUUCUAUGUGCAUAGGCACUGGAAUGGGGGCUGCUGCUGUCUUUGAAAGAGGAGACUCCUGUGAUGAGCUACGCAAUGCUCGUCAAAUUGAAAGCCACAACCUUCUGUCUAAAGAUGCUCUUUAAAAGAGAGAAGGCAUACACAGUAGUUUCAUUAAAUAAUAUUUACAGAGAACAAGAAUAAGUGUAGUCUUGAGACAUUUUCUUGGAAGAAAUGUUUUCUAAAAUUGCAUUAAUUUGGUUGGAAGACCCCUGUAUUUUGGGUAUUGCUUUCAUUGUUUUAUGUUUAUUAAUAUAAGAGCAGUUAUGUUCUUUUCAUUU